CUAUCCUUCCCAGAGUUUUGAUACAUCUGCGCAAUGACGACGUUCAAGGCUCUUAUAGCGUUCGCCGUAUGCUUCCUGGUGAUCUCGACCACCGCCGCGGCCAUCGGUAAGCAUGGGCUAUGCAGCCAGCACAGAGGGAUUCAGGCAGCGUCAAGGUUGAUUGCAUGGGCCCCCACCGCCAGCCACGAUGUGCCUGGGCUGCCGACACGUGCGCGGCCUGCUGCGCUGCCUGCUGUGUUGUCUUUUCAGAGGAAGACUACGACAGCUGUGAGGAUUCGAGCUGCGCCACGGAUGGCGGGUUUGGAUCCAUCUCGGCUGGCAACUCCAGCAGCCACAAAGACUACAAAAACGGUGAGGAACGGUAAGGGGGCAAGGCUGCAUGGCUGGAUGCAUCGAGAAGGGCAGAUCUAUCCAUCCCCCUGGUUGUAUCCAUCCAUCCAUCCAAAUCCAUCCAUUCACUCACUAAGGAGGAAGUUACUGUCUUGUCUGCCCCGUGUGUGCAGGUGCGUCGUUUGUCGGCCGCACUCAGGAGCAGAUCCAGACCAUGGCCGCCAAUAAGCACGGUGCGGCCGGGAGGGGGCAGGGAGGGGUGGCCGGUGCGCAUGGACGUAAAAACACCCAGACUUAUCCGUGGAACACUGUGUGUGUGUGUGUGUGUGUGUGCAGGUGUUGCAUUGGGUGUGGGGGAGUUGUCGGUGUUGCAGCAGCAGAUUCAGACCGGCAAGGCCAUCCUGCAGUCGGCCACCAAACUCUACACGGCAGCCGACUCGCUCAAGGCCACCGCCAACGACCUGAGGGCAUCAGCAGUGGCGACCAUCGAUGACAUAGCGGACCGCAUGGGCGCCAUCAUGGGCAUCGAGCCGGGCACCAUGGGUACACAAUGUGUGAUGCACCGGAGGCCUUGCAUGCAGCGCAUAUGUGCGUGUGUACUGUCCAUUUUAUUUGGCUUGUGUUGCUUUGUUUGUUGCCCGAUGGAUGAAUCGAUGGAUGGAUGGAUGUGUUACGUUGCGUUGCGUUGCGUUGUGUGCAGCCAUGGACACCGACCAGCCUGUGGGCCGGGUGCGCACGCCCAUCCAUCCCUCCAUGCCACACACGACAUGUUGUCUUGCCUUCCUGCUUUCCUGGGUCUCCGUGUGUGUUUUCAGGGUCGAGAGUGGGAUCCGUAUCAGCCGAAUCCCUUAGCGGAUGAACCUGAUGAAAACUGGCUAGCGGCAAAGAUACUGUGUUCAAAGCGGACAAGCGGGAGAAGCAGGAGGAGAAGCGGGCCCGUAUCAAUAGAGGUACAGACAGACAGGCAGACAGAUGACGUGCGUCAAAUUGAGAUGUUUCUCUGUCUGUCUGUCUGGGUCCGUACCCCCGUGGCUUCAGGCCAGUGUAAGGACGACGACGAGUGCACGGAGAAGGGCCAAUUCUGUUACAAGCACGUGUACAGCCAGGAGUUCCUCCACACGCACUCCGUCGGGAUAUGCAAGGCAAGCGAAAGGUAGAGGUCAAGAAACCCCCUCUCUCUGAUUGGUUGACUGCAUGGUUGCAGGCGGCGGGCGACCAUUGGGACCGGUGCAGCAUCAAGAAGAAGCACCCCUGCAAGGCCGGCCUCAAGUGCACGGAAACGAAACGGCCUCAACCGUUGGCGGUGCUGGCCCUAGAUGGCUUGUCACCGACCAUCCACAUCUGCCUCAAGGAUGGCGAGUAGUUGGCAAGCUCGCCAGCCGAAGGGCCAAACACCACACCACACAAUUAGCCGGCACACUGUUAGCAUAAUCAUACGGAUGGGUGACACUACCUAUGUGUGUCUCCGCUGCCUGUCUGUCUGUCUGUCUGAUGGGUAGAUGGAUGAAAGUGUUGGCAAUCGAUGGUUGAUUUAAUUCAACACACACAAACACACGGACACGGACACGGACGCCCGGUUUCUGUUUUCUUACAUCCAUCGGUCGGUGUAUGGAUUUCGGACGGUCAUGAUGGACAGGCCAGCUGUGGUUAACCGACGGCAUUCAUUCGUCAAUGAAUUGCACA